GGAGACAUAGGCCGGGCCCGCCUCUCCCCCUCCCUCCCCUCAGGGCUGCGCCAUGGUAACGGGAGGGGGGGGGGCGGCACAUGUGCUCCCCGGCACCGGCCGCCGACCCUUCCCCGGGGAUGGGGGGGCUCCCGUUUCCCUGCCGGUGAAAACGGCACGGCUGCGCUCUGCCCUGGGGGCUUUGCAACCGCUUUGGGGCUGGGUAGCUUUGAAACUGGCACAGAUGGCUGAGCUUGUUCAGAGGGAAAGAAGCAACUACGUGGCAAAACUGGCAGAGGCUCCCAGAAUGUGUGCACAGCUCUGAAGCAGGAGAUGAAGAUGUUUUGCUAUUAAAGCAGGUUGGUCACAGAGGGUUCCAACAGAAAACUGCACCAGGACGACAUCACGACAAGACACCUGCAGGCUCGAGUUCUGCUUGACAUGGCCAUGUUCUACUAGACCUGCCAUGACGGCAUUUUUUCCUAGUGUUCCCAACUGGAUUCAAGAUGCAAAGCAGGAGGAGGAAGAGGCAGGCUGGAAAUUAGCCCCCAGACCAAGAGGUGAAGAGACUGAAAGUCAGGGAAAAUGCCAAUGUGAAAUAUCAGAGACCUCCUUCACUAAUGUGGACAAGCUGAGAACUCACACGCUUUCUCACACUGAGCAGAGACCAUACAACUGCCCUCAGCUGCACUGUGGCAAAGCCUUUGCUUCUAAGUACAAGCUAUAUAGGCAUAUGGCCACACACUCUGCUCAGAAGCCUCAUCAGUGUAUGUACUGCGAGAAGAUGUUUCACCGGAAAGAUCACCUUCGCAACCACCUCCAGACCCACGAUCCCAACAAGGAGGCCCUCCACUGUCCUGAAUGUGGCAAGAACUACAACACGAAACUCGGCUUCAGGCGACAUCUGGCCAUGCACGCAGCUGCCAGUGGUGAUCUCAGCUGCAAGGUAUGCCUCCAGACAUUUGAAAAUACCCAAGUCCUGCUGGAGCACCUCAAAGCUCAUUCUAGGCGGGCUUCUGGUGGAGCGAAGGAAAAGAAGCAUCCAUGUGACCACUGUGAUAGGCGCUUCUACACCCGAAAAGAUGUGCGGAGACACUUGGUAGUGCACACGGGUCGGAAGGACUUCUUGUGCCAGUACUGUGCUCAGAGGUUUGGGCGGAAAGAUCAUCUGACUAGGCACAUGAAGAAAAGCCACUCCCAGGAACUGCUGAAGAUUAAGACUGAGCCAGUUGACAUGCUGGGUCUCCUAAGCUGCAGCUCAUCUGUCGCAGUGAAAGAAGAGCUGAGUCCUGUCCUGUGUAUGGCAUCCAGAGACAUGAUAGGUGGUAAGAGCUUCCCUGGCAUGCUGCCUGUGGGCAUGUACAGCACACAUCUCCAAACCAUGCCAAGCUCAGGGAUGCCCCAUUCUUUGGUUCCUAAUUCUCUUCCAAUGGGAAUGAGCUAUCCUCUGGAGUCUUCUUCUCCCAUCUCCUCCCCACCGCAACCUCCUCCAAAGUAUCAGCUUGGAUCUACCUCAUAUUUGCCUGAGAAACUACCCAAAGUAGAGGUGGACAGCUUUUUGUCAGACUUCCCUGGCAGCCUGUCUCUCUCAUCUGGUGAGCCUCAGUCCUCUUCGCCUCAGCCGCCCCCCCUGGAUGAGGCUUUGCUUUCCAAGAGCCCUGCUAACCUUUCAGAGGCUCUCUGUGCUGCUAACAUGGACUUUUCUCAUCUUCUUGGCUUCCUCCCCCUAAAUCUUCCUCCUUGCAAUCCACCUGUAUCAUCAGGGGGAUUGGUCAUGGGCUACUCACAGGGGGAGACACAGCCACUGCUUACCACUUUGCAACACCAACCUCAAGAAUCUCCUGGAGCUGGGGCCUCACUGAACUUUGGGCCUCUUCAUUCAUUGCCCCCUGUCUUCACCUCCAGCUUGAGCACAACCACGCUGCCACGUUUCCACCAGGCAUUCCAAUAAGCUGAAAAUAGCACUGGAGAACAGAUCUUUCAGUCACCCUUUUGUGAAGAGCCUUAAAAACGCACAACUCUUACUUCCCUUUUGGGUGUGAAAGCUUUGCAAAGCUGUUUCAGACAGGAGGGGUCUGAUCUCUGGAGGGAGCACUUGUAGACUGGAACAGCAGAUAUACCCAUGCAAGUCCCAGUCCUGUACAGCAAAAAGAUUUCGGCUAAUAGACUGGAUAUAUUUUAUCUAAUUUUUAAUCUGUGAAUCAGGAGCUGCGCUUAGCACUGACCUUCCCUGAGAUCCUGGAGCUAUGUUCCUCUUUGGGAAGGGACUGUCCCUGAGAAGGAGUUGAGACUCUUUCACCUUGGGCUAAACUUUUGAAGAGUCCAGCUUCCAUUUCAUGUUAUCACACUGCAAUUCUGGCAAAACAGCCAACACCUCCACAUGGAGAAGGAGGAGAAGUCAGGAUACCUGCUCUGUAUGAAGCCAACGGGGAAGAGGCUGUCCUUCCUCACUACCUCUCAUCCCAUCACCUAAUACAGCUUACUCCACCGAAUACAGGUUACUCCACAUCAGUGUUAAGCAACAAGACCGUUUACAUAGUGAAUUCAGAGACAUCGCCUCAUUCUUCUUUGCGGAGCCGUUAGGUUAAACUUGUUACAGUGAACAUUGUUUACACAACACAAAUCUUGUUUCCACCAUCACAGAAAGAGGAGGCACCAGAAUACACUGGAUUUAUAUCUGGUGUAGCUACAACACUGUUUACACAACGAAGUCAGGUUGCACUGAUUUCUCUUCACUUAUCAUGUUCUUCCCCCAUGGGGAAAUACACUGCUUUUUGGACCACUUUAGCCUCUGCCACUGUAGGCAGCAGCUUCCUGCGUUUUUCUCUCUGGCUAUCCACGUGUCAAGGGGAUGGAGCAGCUCUAACAACUUAGCUUGGCUUUGUGGUAUACGCAGAGCCCUUCUAAAUAUCUUCCACAGGCAAACAGAUCGUGCAUCUGUUCUGUAAACCAAAGCGUGUGAAAAAGCUAAGUUAGGAGCCCAGGGCCGGCAGUGCUGAGUACUGUUGUUCAAGGCAUGGAUGAGAUCAGGCUGCAGGGCCCUGUUCCGUAGGUUCCCUUGAGAUGAGGAACAGAGUAUGUGUUUCUAGGCUUUUGGUUUGGGGUUUGUUGGUUUUUUGCCUUUUUUUUUUUUUUUUUUUUUUUACAACAGUUCAGUGAGGUCAGUACCCUUUUGGCUUAUCCAUGAAGCAGUCUCAAGAGAUAUAUUUUUACCUCUGUCCUAGGGUGAUAACAUCCAGGAAUCAGGAGGAAAAAUUGGUCCCAGCUUCAUGUACACUCUAUCAGUGUAUUUGAAGCAUUUUCCCCAACACUAAGAGUUCUAACAAAACGCUGAGGGUUUGGGCCUGCAGUCACCCUUUCACUUAGGAUUUGGUUCCACUGGCCUUUUUGUUCUCUCCUUCUCGAGCUUUGUCUCCUGAAGUUAAAGUCCUGCUUCCCCUGCUCCCUGCCUCACCUCUUAAAUUCUUCCAUGGACUGUCUACCUGCUGAGGGCAGAAGAGUUACACUGUGAAGCAGCAGCCAGCUGCUGAUGUCAUUUAGCAUCUGUGUCAUCUCCUGCUCUCAUUUUCCUGGGCACUUGUACUGCAGAUGGUAACAUACAGAGGUCGAUCUCACUGUAUGUUGAUGCAUGUUCAUGAAUAUAGACAUGCAGAUCUUCAUACUUCAGCAUGGAGGAACCAUUGUAGGCCAAUAUAAACCAGGAAAUCUGUCGAUAUUGUUCUCCAUAAAUCUAGAAAAUGCAAAAUCUACCUCUACUCUGUUAUCUCAGCUCCUUCAGUGAAGCCAGAUGCUGUCCUCCCUCACCUCCCCAGAGUACAUCCAUUUCAGUCGAUGCAUAUUACUUUUUGCUGAGCCAUUCGUCCCACAGCGUGACAUUAGCCGUGCCUUGUUUGUUCAUAGGCUUGUCCCCCUUCCAUUUUACUCAAGAAUUUUAUUUUUAAUUUAGUUUAGUACUUCUUCCCAGAAUGACUGUUUAGUGAUCCAUUGAUUCAACAAAACAUAGAUCAGUUAUUUUAGGUUAGCCAGCAAUGCUGCAAAUAAUACUUUUGUAUCAAAAUGUAAUAUAAGAUUUAUUUACCUCGGCAAUAUCCUGUGGCCAUGAUCUCCCUGAGUUAAAUGCAGUACUUCCUUUUCUCCACUGUAAAAUGUUGCCUUUCAAAGUUCAACGAGUGCCUUCUUGUUCUCUAACAUAGAAAAGGUAAAUAGGGCAUUUCAGCUAGUCUUCUGUUUACCGUCACUGAAUACCUCAGGCCUGUCUUCUAUUGCUUUUCUCUUUGCAAAUUAAAGAUUUUCACACUGUUAUCAAUUAUAUGCAAGCCUUAUCCCUGUCUCAAGUUGAGAGGAUUUUUUUAAAGAAAUAGUCAGAACUGAUCACCUACUGCAAGUGAGGAUUAUCAGAUUUAUGCAAUGCCAUCGUACACCUUCUUCUGUUUCAGAACAUUCAGCUUUCUUGCUUUUUGCCUGCAUUGUACUCUGAACAGAUGUCAUCACUGGAAUUCCUUUAGCAGUGGUAGCUAAACUUAGAGCCAGGCAUCUUUUUCCUACCAGUAGUCUGUCAAAGAAUAAAUGGAAUUCAUUUUGCUAUUA